AUGUCUGGCCCUCUGGUAUUGAUCACGGGCAUCACUGGCUUCCUCUCGGCACACGUGCUCGACGCCGUACUCGCUUCCCCUGCCAACUACAAGGUACGAGGCACGCUCAGGUCGGUCAACAAGAAGGACGAGAUCCUGGCUCGCCUCAGUGAACAGGACCGCAAGAGGGUGGAAUUCGUCGAGGUCGCCGACACGGCCACUUCGGAUCUGCUCCCCGCCGUUCGAGGCGUCGAGAUCAUCCACCACGUUGCUUCACCCUACCAACUCAACGUGCAAGACGCCGAACGCGAUCUGCUCAUCCCCGCCGUCGAGGGCACCUUGAAUCUGCUGCGUUUCGCCAAGCACGAGAAGAGUGUGAAGAAGAUCGUCAUUACUUCCUCCUUUGCUGCCGUGACGAGCUUCAAGGAGGGAGGCCCUAAUCGUCCCGGCUUCGUGUACACCGCCGAACACUGGAACCCGUCUAGCUACGAGGAUGCUAUCGAAGCGGGCGGUGCCGGUGCGUUCUCGUACUCUGUCAGCAAGAAGCUGGCCGAACAGGCGGCGUGGGACUAUGUGGCCAACGAAAAGCCAGGGUUUGAAAUCGCCUGCAUCAACCCGCCCAUGAUCUACGGUCCGACGCUGCAGCCAGGCGUCAAGCUGUCCAACCUGAACACGUCGAGCAAGACCAUCUACAACCUGGUCGCUUCGGCCGAUAGCAUGCCCGAGGACCGUCUCCCGCUAUUCUGUCAUGCUCGCGACGUCGGCGAUGCGCACGUCGCUGCCACCGAAAAGCCCAACGGCUUGGGCAAGCGAUACCUGCUGUGUGGAGGCAAGUUCACUUGGGCGCACGCGGUCAAGUUUAUCUCUGAGCAGUACCCCAACUUGCAGGAUCGUCUGCCCAAAGGGUGGAAGGAGGCCAGCGCCAACUUGAGGGAUCUGGACUCGAUUGCUACGCUCGACACCAAACCUGCCGAGACUGUGCUGGGGAUCCAGUUCAAGGACUGGCAGACCACUCUCAAGCAGUCGCUCGACAGCUUGCUCGAGCUCGAGAAGCGACCCGACUGGAAGAACUGA